UCGAAUUUAAUGGCGAAUUAAUCGAUCAAUCCGUCAAUCAUCAAUCAUGAUUUUGCUUUGAAUUUUCAAGUAGAAAUCUUAGCUUUUAAUACACUCAAGCCUUGAAAGUUACCGUAUGACUAUGACUAUGAGCAUGAUUUAAUCUCAAAGUACCUUACCCUCCAGAACACCUUUUCCCGGAUUCGGUGUUCGGAUUUAUCAUACGGCAGCGAGACAGCUGGCUGGCUAUCAACAUCUUUUGGAUUUCAUACAAUCCAAGGUAAUCAUGAAUCAAUCAAGAAUUUGUACUGAUGAUAGUUUUGGUCCUACCAUUCAAGGAGGAUGUCGAGAGGAUUUUGAUUUCACCCUUCUAUUUGAACAAAGCUUCUUUUCCAUACUACCUUCCACACUUUUUCAGUCGAAUUUCAUCACAAAAGAUCUAGUCCUUGCAUAGACAACCUAGAAGAGUAUCAGGUACCAGUACUCAGCUGUUAAAAUUGGUGAGAAUGAUGAUUGCAUCGCAAAAAUACAAACAAAGACUUACAAUUCGCAGCUUUUCAUUAUUAUAUAUGGUCUACUUCAGGUUGCCCUUCUUGUUCUGUAUUCCAUUCGCAACACAAAAAAUACACGGACCCCCAUUCCUUCAAUUUUAUGAUACAAUCUAGUGGUAGUAUUUCUUUGUAUCUUGUCAUAUCGGGAGCACAGAAGUCAAUUCGCCCGUCGAGUGUACUGAAUGUAUAUUAGUUAUGCACGUUGAUUUUUGAUGCUGUUCAACUCAGGACAAUUUGGUUGAUUGACAACGACAUAGCUAUCGCAGGAGUCUUCUCUGCUUCACUGGCUCUGAAAUUAUGCAUGUUCCUGCUCGAAGCUGGGGGGAAAGGCCAAUUACUGUAUCAUGAUUAUAAGAAACAUGGCCCUGAAGCAAAGAGUGGUGUUUUUAAUAAGGCAGUAUUCUGGUGGCUGAAAGAUCUUUUGAUUCGAGGACGGAAGAACAUUUUAGCACUUGGAGAUUUUUAUCCACUCAAUGAGGAACUUUUCAACUGGAAAUCUUUUGCCUAAGUUCCAAAGUGCUUGGGAACGAGGUGUGUUGAAAUCCGAAAUCCGAAUUUUAAUGCCCUCGUCGUCUAAUUUCAGUAGCAGGAGCCAAAGCUGCUAGCUACCGCGCUCUUCAUGCGACAUUCAGAGCCCUCAUAGGUUCAAUACUCGUUGCAAUGAUUUCACGAGUCUGUCUAAUUAGCUUCAACUUUUGUCAACCACUUCUAUCUAAUACGUCGAUUUACUAACUACUUACAACAACUUGUUACCGAAAAUACCACAAACCAAGGUUAGGUCUUGUCGGAGCUUACGGUAAUGCAUUUAUUCUCCGUAUAAUAUAUUGAGCUGACGAUUACAUCAAGGUAUUGUUUAUCUAGGAAUAACGGUAGGAUCCAUGCACCCUCAAACUUACAAAUCAAAUACUUACGAGGCCAUAGAUCUCCGCUGCCAUCUAUUAUCGUUUGACUUACCGAUCAUUGAUCAUGAUACGUGGUGUUUUAGUAUCUGCAAUAUAUCACAAAACAACCCAGAUUGGCAUUGGAGAAUUUGACAAUGCUACAGCAGUCACUCUAAUGAGUGCAGAUACUGAACAAAUUAUGUAUGCACUAAGACAAAUGCAUGAAUUAUGGGCCAACAUUAUCAAAGUAGGCUUAGCAAGCUGGCUCUUAUACACACGAGUCGGUUUUGCUUGCUUUGCUCCUUUGGUCAUCGCUGCAGGUAGGUUUGAAAUCAACUCUAACACAGGGAUGACUCAUAGUUUGAUGUAGUUGUGGUACUGCUUCAUUCUGGCUCAGUUCUCGAGCAAAUAUUCACUAACGCGAGUGGAUGUCUGUCAUACAAUAGCGAGUGGGCAAGUGAAUUUGAUACUUCGGCAAGAGACAAAUCAGCUUACGUACAAUUAGCUACAACAGCGGCGACGUUUUGAGCAAUAAAAAGGGUCAAAAUGUUGGGACUAACUGAAAAGCUUUUCAAAACAACUCACGCACUGAGACUUACCGAACUCAAAUCGGCGAAAGCGUUUCGACAAGUCGAAGUUAUUACCGCUUUUUUUUGGUGAUCACCACAAUCCGAAAUUAAUUAUUGUAAAGAUGACUAACAAAAGAUUUAGUUUUCUUACCUGAAAUGACUCCUCCAGUCGUCACUUUCGCUAUAUUCAUUAAUGUAGCAAAUCAUGGUAAUGGAGCAUUCGCCUCAACUGUAGUUUGCACAUCCAUAUCAACACUUUUGCUCGACACACAACCAUUGGCACACCCGUUUCAUCCCUCAACUUGCAGCAGCCAUUAGUUCAUUCGGCCAUAUAUCUCACUUCUUAGAGCGCCCAUCCUUAAUAGACAAACGUGAAAACAUUGGCUCUAAUGUCUCGGCAAGGAGUGAGACUUUCACAGCAAACACGGACGAUAUUCCGUUAAGCGAUUUGGAGCUCUCCAGAGAAACAAAACCAUCUAAUUUUAUGAGCCUUACUACCACAUCACUACCCAAUAAAGUCAGCAUUAAAAUUCAAGGAGGCGCAUUUGGUUGGAUAGAAAACUGCCACGCCCUUCAUGACAUAGAUAUCGAAUCCCCAAAAUCACAACUUACUAUGGUGAUUGGACCAGUAGCUUCUUGAAAGUCAACUCUAUGCAAUGCAAUUUUGGGAGAAAUUCUAUUUUCCGAAGGCAUCAUACAACUCUCGUCGUCUCAAAUAGCACUUUGCGAUCAGACUCCAUUUUUGACCAACGCCACACUACGGGAAAAUAUCAUUGGAUCUUCAGUUUUUGACGGUUUAUGGUACGAUAGUAUCAUAAAUUCUGUAUCACUAAGUCACGAUCUUGACAUCUUACCAUCCGGAGACCAGACCCUAGUCGGCGCCAAUGGACUGGGCUUAAGUGGAGGUCAAAAGCAAAGAGUAUCAAUUGCGAGAGCAAUUUGUGCAAGAAAUGAUAUAUCGCUAUUUUGGUCGGUGUUUUCAACGGCCUUGAUGCAACUACCAAACAACGUGUUUUCAAUGGUGUUUUUGGCUCUAAAGGACUGCUUUGUCGGAAACAAACCACUGUAGUGCUUUUUACAAAUGAUGUCGAUCUUAUACAAUUUGCCGACCACGUUGUCACUCUUGGAAAUAAUGGAACCGUUAUUGAGCAAGGAAGUCCACAAUUGCUUCUUAGUAAAGAAGAAUACAAUCAGCGUUUAGUGACAUCCAACUUUGGAGGUUGUGGAAAGUAAUUCGAAAGCAAAUUUUGAAGCUCUUACCGCUCCAGAUGCAAUUAUUGAGUCGAAUGGGCAGGCAGCUAAUGUUCCGGCUAUCACUACUAUAGAAACAAUAAUACCGAUUUUUCGGUCUAUUGAUAUUAUUUUACACCUAUCUGGCUUCUCAACAUGAUUCCCUAUUUAUUUUUUGCGGCGUCCUUCGGCUUUUUCUAUAACUUUCCACUUGUCUGGCUAAUCUGGUGGUCAGAAACAAACGACAAUAACA